GAAAUUAAGUUGAUCUAAUAAGAUGGGUAAUAAAGUAACCUGAAAAUUAGUUAGAGCCAUGGUUUAUUUGAGUAUUCUGUCGACGAACAGCUUCUUCUUGCUGUUGCUGUUGUUCAGCUCUUUGCAGAAAAGGCUUGAAACCAAUUUCAAGCGAUAAAUAUCCGAAAGCUAAAGCACCGAUCACGAUCAGACCUGAUCUUAUCGCAUUCAGCUUCGUCUCUGGGCCAAUUUCAAACCCAGUUCGCUUAAGCGGCGUCCACUGACUCUAUGCUGACCAAACAGUCGAUAAAUCCAACACAAACCCAUCAAUUCUUCACCGAGAAAUAAUGUGAUUAGCUCACUCUUACUCAGCUGUUUUGAGAAGGCAACAGUUCUUGAUAAGGUCUAUUGUAGGAGGAGGAGGUUACAGUAACAGAAUGCAAGAAACACAUUCUUUCAGUGGGAAUGUGGAGGCUGAUUCUUUAAGCAUUUUGAGAGCAAUUACUCCAAUUCUUGACCCAGUUAGAUAUAAAGGCCAGGCAGGGAAAAUUGCUGUGAUUGGUGGGUGUAGAGAGUAUACUGGUGCUCCUUAUUUUGCUGCUAUUUCAGCUUUGAAAAUUGGUGCAGAUUUGUCUCAUGUGUUCUGUACAAAAGAUGCUGCGCCCGUGAUCAAAAGCUAUAGCCCUGAGUUGAUUGUGCACCCUAUUCUGGAGGAGUCUUAUAAUAUUGGGGGAGGGGACAAAGAGCAAAUAUCAGCAAAGGUUGUGGCCGAGGUUGAUAAAUGGAUGGAGAGAUUUGAUUGUCUUGUUGUUGGACCUGGCCUUGGAAGGGAUCCCUUUCUUCUGGACUGCGUGAGUGAAAUUAUCAAGCAGGCAAGGCGGUCAAAUGUUCCAAUAGUCGUAGACGGGGAUGGAUUAUUUCUUGUAACAAACAGUCUUGAACUCGUUAGUGGCUAUCCAUUAGCUGUCCUGACCCCAAAUGUGAAUGAAUAUAAGCGCCUGGUACAAAAAAUCUUGAACUGUGAAGUUGAUGGUGAUGCAGCACAUGGCCAAUUACUUUCUCUUGCCAAAAGGAUCGGUGGUGUAACCAUAUUAAGGAAAGGAAAAUCUGACCUCAUUAGUGAUGGCGAGACAGUCAAAUCAGUAAGCAUAUUUGGCUCACCUAGGCGUUGUGGAGGCCAAGGCGAUAUCCUUUCUGGAAGUGUUGCUGUAUUUUUAUCUUGGGCAAAAAAAGUAGCCGCUGAAGGGAACUUGAGUGUCAGUCCGGAAAAUCCUACAAUGUUGGGGUGCAUCGCUGGGUCUGCUUUACUAAGGAAAGCUGCAUCGCUUGCUUUUGAGGACAAGAGAAGAUCGACUCUCACUGGUGAUAUCAUUGAGUGCUUGGGUAGAAGUUUCGAGGAUAUUUGUCCAGCCCAUUAACAUCUUCGAGGAUUCCGCGUGCCCGGGAGGUCUUCCACAAGGCUGUAGGUUAAACUGAAAACGCUACUCGUAUACUGGUUCAGAUUCCUGAAGGUUUUUUCAUGGUAUGUUCAUAGUAGGAUUGUUGAAGGUGGAUGCAUAAAUAAAGUUGAAACCUGGUCUUUGUAUUCAUGUAAAUUUCAAUUCUGAUGAGUUAUCAAGUGGGAAGAAUAAUGAGAAAUAAAGUUGUGUUCUUUUUUGCUA